UCUCACGCCAGUUCGCCGUGCCGUGCCGGAGUCAUCGCGAAUCACAGCGCCUAACCCCCACACACCCUCCUUCGUCAAAGUGGUGUUGCAAUUUGCAUUCAAUCCCCAAGGUUGUAGCUUAACCCAUUUGCUGCUCUGAAGCUAGCUUUUCCUUUCUCGAAUUUUUGCCAAGGUUGUAGUUGUGAACAGAGGAAUUUGUAGAAUCAGUUUACUGUUGAUAAUUUGUAGAAUAAGAUCACUGACCCAAUUAAGAGACCAAUUUUCUGGCUUCUUGCUGAUGGAUGAGAUGAGAUGAGGCAGCCACUUUCAUUUUACUGUUGAUGAAACUACUGUUGAUCGUUUGCAUUUACAUGAAUCGAUUCUGAAUUUCAUUUGUUGUUUUCCAAGGUAUCUUCCCUUAUUACCCUUUAUAAGUGUCUGCCACCUAUUGUUGUUGUUCAAGAAUAAGAAGAAAGAGAACAAGGAGUAAAGGAUUUCUGGUGAGAAUUUGUUUGUGGUAUGUUUGUUAUAGACGGUGAGUCGGUGACAGGUGGUACUCAAUUUGUUUAACAACAAUGAUAGAGAUCUAGGUUUUCUUUUGGUUGGGUACAAAGACCUGGACUUGUUUUAUUUAUUUUUUUACAAACAGACCUGGCUGUUGAAAUAACUUGUAAAUUAUCCUUUCUUUUACACCAUAUAAUAUUACCUUUCUUCAUUCAUUUCUAGCUUGCUACAACUGAACCUAAUGGCUCCAAAGCCGAAACCGACACCGUCGCAGCUUCCAGCUCCACCUCCACUCGAAGAUCUCUUCACCACACUCAACAAGCACAUUCAAGCUUCUUCAUUCACCAAUGCCGUCAAACUCACAGAUCAGAUUCUCACAAUUGCACCUGGCGAUGAAGACGCUCUCCGAUGCAAGAUCGUCGCACUAAUCAAAGAUGAUCGAUUUGAUGAUGCUAUCUCUGCUAUUCAAUCUUCUCGGACUCCUCCUGAAGAUUUUCAUUUGCUUAAGGCAUACUGCUUAUACAAACAAAACAAUUUGGAUGAAGCUUUGGACUCUUUGCAAAAACAUGAGACAAAUGAUGAAACAAUGCUUUUGGAAUCUCAAAUAUUGUAUCGUCUUGGAAAAAUGGAUGCAUGCUUGAAUAUCUACCAGAAGCUUCAAAAGUCCAAGAUUGAUAUGUUGGAAAUAAAUUAUGUUGCUGCCUUAGUUAUGGCAGGGAGAUCAUCCGAAGUUCAAGGAUGGCUGGAUUCAUUUCGGGUUAAAGCAACAAGCAAUUUUGAAUUGGCAUACAAUACUGCUUGUUCUUUAAUUCAAAGGAAUAAGUACACAGAUGCUGAACAACUCUUGUUGUCUGGCCGAAGAAUUGGUCAAGAGAGCCUGAUGGAAGAUAACUGGCCUGAUGAAGAUAUAGAAAAUGAGUUGUCUCCUAUUGCUGUACAAUUGGGCUAUGUCCAACAGCUUCUUGGGCGUAAACAAGAUGCUAUUGAAGCUUACUUGGACAUGAUUAAACGAGAUAUGGCUGAUGAAUCAUCCAUUGCAGUGGCAGUCAAUAAUCUUGUUUCACUGAGAGGUCCAAAAGAUGUUUCUGAUAGCCUGAAGAAACUUGAUCGGCUAAAAGAGAAAGAGAUACAAAGCUUUCGCCUAGCUCAUGGAUUGGACUUGAAACUUUCAGCAAAAGAAAGGGAAGCAAUAUAUGCAAAUAGAGUUCUGUUGCUUCUUCAUGCUAACAGGAUUGACCAGGCUCGAGAACUUGUUUCUGCAUUGCCUGACAUGUUUCCUGAAAGUGUUGUUCCAGUAUUGCUGCAAGCUGCCCUCUUGGUUAGAGAGAAUAAAGCUGGAAGGGCUGAGGAAAUACUGGCACAGUCUGCUGGAAAGUUCCCUGAGAAGUCGCAGGUUCUUUAUUUAGCCAGGGCUCAGGUUGCUGCUGCGGCUGGUCACCCACAUAUUGCAGCAGAUUCUCUCACUAAGAUACCUGAUAUUCAACACAUGCCAGCUACUGUUGCCACCCUUGUCUCUUUAAAAGAGCGAGCCAAUGACGUUGAAGGUGCAGCUGUUGUGCUUGAUUCAGCCACCAAAUGGUGGUCUAAUGCUAUGACCGAGGACAAUAAGCUUAAUAUUAUAACGCAAGAGGCUGCCUCAUUCAAGCUAAGGCAUGGAAGGGAAGAGGAUGCCGCUAAACUUUACGAGGAGCUGGUUAAAAGUCAGGGAAGCAUAAAAGCACUAGUUGGGCUGAUAACAACAGUUGCGCGUCUUGAUGUUGUAAAGGCAGAGCUAUACGAAAAGCAACUAAAGACCUUACCUGGAUUGAAGGGAAUUGAUGUAGACAGCUUGGAGCGUACUUCUGGAGUUAAACGAGUUGAGGGUCCUCCACAUGUGGGUGUCGCUGAAACGAACGAGGAAGGAAAGAAUAAGACAAAAACUAAGAAAAAGAGAAAGAGAAAGCCAAGGUAUCCUAAAGGGUUUAACCCAACAAACCCAGGUCCUCCACCAGAUCCCGAAAGGUGGCUUCCCAAGAGAGAGAGAUCAACUUUUAGGCCAAAGAGGAAGGACAAAAGAGCUGCUCAAGUUAGAGGCUCACAGGGUGCUGUAGUUAGAGACAAGCACGACGUUGGUGCUUCGUCUAAUCAAUCAAAUCCAAAGUCAAACCAGGCAACUACCUCCAAAGGUGCAGUUUCUGAGCAAGCCAAGCCUUCAUCCAAGUCAAGAAAGAAGUCUAGGAAGUAGGAAGUAUCUAGGAUUUGUGAUUUCUGAUAAACAUUUUGGAUUACUGACAUUUUGUUAUUGCUGCUUUCAAUGACUAAACUGAUAGUUCGUAUACACUACGUAACAGUCAAUUUUGUUUCAAGCAAAUGAGUAUAUUUGUCUAUUGGAUGCAACUGUCACUGUGCGAGUUCGAUGCAUGAAGUGUGUGCAUAUUAUUGCUAGAUCCUCGAUCUAGCAACUCACUUCCCCUCACUAA